AUGGACUUCACCUUCCACCCAGGCGUUAAUGGCUCAUCCCCCUGGGUCGAAUUCUACCCCUACAACCCCUCCCUGACAGCCGGAUACGCCUUCAUGGCCAUCUUCGGCCUCGCAACCCUCGCACACAUUGUGCUCAUGUUCCCAUACAAGGCGGCAUACUUCAUCCCCUUCGUCCUCGGCGGAAUAUGCGAAACAUUCGGCUACCACGGCCGCGCACGCUCCCACAACGCCCGGACGGGAAUCGGGCCCUGGGCUCAACAGCAGAUGCUGCUCCUCUGCGCACCACCGCUCCUAGCCGCAAGCGUAUACAUGACCCUGUCACGGAUAAUCACCGCCCUAGACGCCGAGCACCACUCGCCGAUCCGGCCAAAGCGGCUGACGGUAUUGUUCGUGCUGAACGACGUAAUCUGUCUAUUGACGCAGCUUGUCGGCGCCGGGUUGCAAGUCACGGGAGAUGCGCAUGUCAUUGAUAUUGGAAUCAAGGCGGUCCUCGCGGGACUGGUGUUUACGCUUGUUGUGUUUAUUGGGUUUGUGGCGAUUGGGAUCACGUUUCAGCGGAGGCUGGCGGCUUAUCCGACGAGGGUUUCUGGGGAGCUGGAUGGGAUGGGGUUUGGGUGGAGGGGGUACAUGUGGUGUCUUUAUGUGGUGUGUGGAUGUAUGAUUGUGAGGAAUUUGGUGAGGACGGUGGAGUUUGGGGCGCCCAAGGGAGCGGAUGUGCGUGAGCGCGAAGUGUAUAUUUAUGUUUUUGAUGGGGCGUUGAUGGCGGUUCUGAUGGGGGUUUGGAUUAUUUGGCACCCGGGGAGAUUGGUGAAGAGGGCUAGAAGUGUGAAGAGGGGGGUUGAUGGGGAUUUGGAGCUUUUGGGAAAUAAAUAG